AUGCCACAACAAAAUGAUUACUUAUCAUUUUCUUCAAGUGCCUUUGUGUCAUGCAUUGAUUAUUCCGAAGUUCAAACUAUCCUUGAAUUAACCACGACUAAACAAAAACAACUCCGUCGACAACGUUCACAAAUUCUACAUAAACAAGUUUUACUUAAACGUACAUAUUCACUUGUAUGCGAUUUAUUAGAUUCAGAUUGUUCAUAUCCCACGAAUGAAACAUACAAAUAUCCAUUAUCAACAGUCGAUACAAACAAAAGAAAACUAUCAUCGGACGAACAAGAAAUUGAAUCUACAGUAAAAAAAUCCAAAAGUGUUAUGGAUAAAUGUUAUGAUAUUAAAAAUGAUAAUGAUGUAUUACAAUUUCUUCGUGAACUCAAUGCCACCAAACUAACAUCCAGUGAUGACAAUGAACAAAAUAUACCAAUAAUCACCUUCCUUGUGUAA